GUUAUCUCUUUCUUUUGAACGCAACAUUUCAAACGCGCUUCUAAGUUCACCGACAAAAAUAAGAAUAAAAAUACAAUCACGCUAAUUAUAUACUAAAAUCUCACCAUUGUGUUUCUUCAGGUGUAGUAUUUUUCAUUUUCAAUAAAAACUUUUCCGGUUACAACAAGACGAGAUUGGUAAGAACAAAAAAUGUUAGAAAAAUGUAUAGGACCUCAAAGGGCUAGAAAAUUCCAGAGAUUUCUCGGCCAUUGUAAGAUCACAAGCCUCUGUCUCUUCCUCACCAUUCUUGUCCUACGCGGCACCAUCGGCGCCGGUAAAUUCGGUACGCCGGAGCAAGAUUUCCUCAACAUUCGCAACCGCUUCUACUCUCGCAAGCUUCCUCAACGUCAUCGCAUUCUCGGUGAGCUUCAUUCAACAACAACCUCAUCUUCAUCUUCAUCUUCAUCUAAUUCACAUAGUUCAACUUCAACCACCAAUUACAAUGCAUUCGACAUUAACACCAUAUUAAUCGAUGAAAAGGAACAAGAAGAAGAAUUUGAGAAACGUGAUUCGCACGUGCCUUAUCGUUUAGGACCAAAAAUUUCGAAUUGGGAUGAGCAGAGAUCAAAAUGGCUUCGUGAAAACCCUAAUUUUUCAAAUUUCAUUCGACCCGAAAAGCCUCGUGUGCUUUUGGUGACUGGGUCAUCGCCAAAACCGUGUGAGAAUCCGGUUGGUGAUCAUUACUUGUUGAAGUCAAUUAAGAACAAGAUUGAUUAUUGUCGUUUACAUGGUAUUGAAGUGUUUUACAAUAUGGCUCUUUUUGAUGCUGAAAUGGCUGGUUUUUGGGCUAAGCUUCCUUUGAUUCGUAAGCUUCUUUUGUCUCAUCCAGAAGUUGAGUUUUUGUGGUGGAUGGAUAGUGAUGCUAUGUUUACUGAUAUGGCUUUUGAAGUUCCUUGGGAGAGGUAUAAAGAUUCUAAUUUGGUGUUACAUGGUUGGAAUGAGAUGGUGUAUGAUCAAAAAAAUUGGAUUGGUUUGAAUACUGGGAGUUUUUUGUUGAGGAAUUGUCAAUGGUCAUUGGAUAUUCUUGAUGCUUGGGCACCAAUGGGACCAAAAGGGAAAGUUAGGGAUGAAGCUGGGAAAAUACUUACAAAGGAACUUAAAGAUAGACCGGUUUUCGAAGCUGAUGAUCAAUCUGCUAUGGUUUAUUUGUUGGCUAAAGAGAAGGAAAAAUGGGGUGGUAAGGUUUAUCUUGAGAAUGGUUAUUACUUGCAUGGUUAUUGGGGUAUUUUGGUUGAUAGAUAUGAGGAGAUGAUUGAGAAUUAUCAUCCUGGUUUUGGCGAUCAUCGCUGGCCGUUGGUGACUCAUUUUGUGGGGUGUAAGCCUUGUGGGAAGUUUGGUGAUUAUCCUGUUGAGAGAUGCUUGAAGCAAAUGGAUAGAGCUUUCAAUUUUGGUGAUAAUCAGGUAUUGCAGAUAUAUGGUUUUACCCAUAAGUCAUUGGGUAGCAGGAGAGUUAGGAGAAUAAGGAAUGAGACUAGUAAUCCUCUUGAUGUUAAAGAUGAACUUGGAUUGCUGCAUUCAGCUUUUAAAGCCGUCGAGGUAUCAUCUUCUAGCUGAGUUCUUACGCGGUUAAUUAGUCGGAAAACUUCUCGAAUUAGUAAAUUAAGUUGUUGAUGGAUUGGAAUGUGUUGUGCAUGUUUAGUUGCAGAAAUAGAAACAUUGACUCGUUAUCAUUAUUUGUUGUAGAAAGUACAUUGUGAGAAACAGGAUAUGCAUUGUUUUUGGUUUGAUAUUCUUCUGUAAUUACCUCUCUCUCUCUCUCUCAGUCUUCAAACUUAUGAACUUAAAAGUUUGUAGAAUUGUAUUUUAACACAAUUUGUAUGAAGUAAUGGAAAAGUUUCACGGCGGCUUUGCAUAUAAA